AUUAUAAACCAAAUAAUGGAUGAAUGUAUUCCACACGAGCGAGCCAACCGUGACUUCUAUGUUAAAUUUCCAGAGGAAAUAAGACACGACAACCUUGCAGGACAGCUUUGGUUUGGAGCAGAGUGCUUGGCUGCGGGUUCAAUCAUUAUGAACCGUGAAAUAGAAAGCAUGGCAAUGAGACCGCUGGCCAAAAAUCUGACUCACAGUCUGGAAGAAGUCAGGAACAUAAUCCGUGACCAGGCCCUUCGGGAUCUGAACCUCUACACGGGAAAAAUGAAAGAGGCAUUGAAGCAGUUCGAUGUCCUUUUUGCAGAGUUUGAGCUAAGUUAUGUGUCAGCCAUGGUUCCUGUAAAGUCACCAAAGGAGUACUACGUGCAGCAGGAAGUAAUCGUCCUUUUUUGUGAAACAGUAGAGAGAGCUUUAAAGCUUGGAUACCUCACGCAGGACAUGAUUGAUGACUACGAACCAGCAUUAAUGUUCACUAUUCCAAGAUUAGCCAUUGUUUGCGGGCUUGUUGUUUACUCGGAAGGACCUCUGAAUCUCGACCGUAAGCAAGAAGAGAUGUCUGAGCUUUUCAGACCCUUCCACACGUUACUAAGGAAGAUAAGGGAUCUACUACAGACUCUCACCGAUGAGGAGCUGUAUACUCUGGAGUGUAACCUCUGUAUAUCCCAGGAUUUUGACUUUCCUGAGAGAGCAGAUCCUCAAGUGCCACCUGUCAUCAUCCCAAACUUUAUGGCGGCUUUACCAUCUGAAGAGGUUCCGGAAAAAUCUCCAAAUACCGAAGUGGAGCUUGCCUGUUCCAUACAGUAUGACGAGCAGGAGCUGGAGCAACUGAGUAGAAUGGUUCACAAAGCGGGGGAUGAGAUGUCCUCCUUGCUCUCGCCGCCAAGGGACUGCCGGUCUCCCGUUUGCAGACCUAGCGCGAGGAACGCAGGCAGCAGCCGAAGGGACUCUCCAGAUAUGGUUCUCCUGAACAACUCGCGUAACGAAGAGGAGAGCGUGUUCCUCAUCGAUGACCUCGACGGAGUGAUAGAAGUUCUCUCUGGGACGGGUUCACCCAGCGACGCGUUCUGUGAUUCCUGUCACGCUUCGAAGCGCAGGGCUUCGUGUGGCGACCCCCUGUUGUGCAAAUGCGGUCACCCAACUGAGCAAGGCCCGCUUUUCACGGGGAAAGGAGAGGGCGAUCUCGACAACAACAACACUGAAGAAGGCAAGCCGCCGGCCGAUACCUCACUUCAAAACUCCUGCAGUUGUUUUGAAGGCCCCAAUCCUCAUUUGUACCUCAAUGCCUGGGAUGCGUACGCUCACGACGUGGAAACGGCAGAACUGAUCGCUCACCGGACUGGAGGGAUGAAGAUCUCUGCUACAGUUAUAUUUAAUCCAAAAUCUCCCCCUUCGGAAUCCUCAGAAUCAUCUAAAGUAGUGAAGACUUGCUCUGCCGGGGACUCGCAUUAUUUGGCCGAUGAGGAGGGAGAGUCACAGCAGCCCAGCUUGGCUGCCACAAAUUGCCUUGUCAAUUCCUGUGUGUGUUGCGGGAGUUGUGACGGCGGCGGGGAGGACGGCGGCGCUUUAAAGACUAAUUGCUUCCCGGGGAAAGUCAUAAAUGCCUCUUCCAGUUUACUGAAAUUAAAAGGGAAAAGUCAACUGGAUAAAUCGGACAGCACAGUUUCUGUACAAGAGAUCUCAAAAACCGAGCCCUACAUUUUGCUAGCGGAAAGGAACUCUCCUAGAGAGGAGCCGGCUCUUUCCAGCCACUCUAAGGGCUCGGUGUACUCCUCACCUUCCCAUCUGAGAGCAGAGAAUGGGCCCAAAGUAAACCAAGAAGCCUUUGGCCCAGAACAGAAACGUGAGGAAGGAAGACGGCCGCAUGAAAAGUCAUCAGAGGUUAGCGAAGAAAAGAAUGAAAGGAUAUUAAAGGACGGCGGAUCCAGGAAAAGUUCAAAGCAAGCACUUCCUGCCGUUUUUACCGACCCGGAAAUGGGGUACAAAAUAACAGCACUCUCUGUGUCAAGUUAUUUAACGACACGUUCCUGUUCAUCCAACGAAACCAGUCAGGAAGAAACCCGACUUGCCUUACAAACAGCUGAAAUUUCUACGAGAGAAAAGAUCCGAUCUCGAUUUCACAGCAGUAACGACUUGAUUCACAGGCUCUUUGUCUGCAUCUCAGGUGUAGCUGACCAACUCCAGACCAACUACGCCUGCGACCUGCGAAGUAUUUUGAAGACCUUGUUUGAAGUUAUGGCAACUAAAGCUGACGUGGAGGACCAGAAGAUACAAAAGAAAGUCAAUCCUUGUUUAAGAAGUCCAGCACUGGAAGAUUGUGUUUUGUGUCAGGAGUCUGUGUCAUCUUCAGAAUUUGCAACGAAACCCAUGGCUGGAGACUUUGAAGAUCCUCCUGACUGGGUGCCAGAUGAAGCCUGCAGCUGCUGUACUGCAUGCAAGGCACCCUUCACCGUCAUUCGCAGGAAGCACCAUUGCAGGAGCUGCGGAAAGAUCUUUUGCUCCCGCUGUUCCUCUCACUCUGCCCCAUUACCUCGCUACGGCCAAAUGAAGCCUGUUCGGGUUUGCACCCACUGCUACGUGUUCCACGUGACUCCCUUUUACAGAGACAAAUGGGACGUCUGAUGAAAAACUAGAGCCGUGAACCAGUCUUGCACCGUCAUCUGCGUACGGGGCUGCC